AUGAAGCUGGCUUUCACGGUCUUGGCUGCAGGGUUGGCAGUGACGGAAGGGGACCAAGUCGUUCAGCAGAGACCAACUUUUCGGAAGCCCUUCCCGGAUCCCGCUUUGUUCCGUCGGAGCCGGCGCCUGGCCCAGGAAGGAGGGAAACCGGAGCGCUUGCGCUUCGAGGUGGAGGACGGAGGUUAUCAGUUCAACUACGAGUUUGCAGGUGCUUCCAAAGUAGAGCACGUAUUCAACUUGGAUUCUGAGGGCGUUCAUGGGAUCCGUUGCACUGCCGGGCGGGAGAAUCAUUUGGAAAUCUUCUGGGCCAACCUGACCGCAGCAGCUGCGGCAGCACUGAGGAAGGAUGCGGUCAUCUCAGGUUCGCCGGAGUGGCAGUGCAGCUUUUCCAUCCCUGCGAAGUCUCGGAACUCCCGAAUCCAAAGUUCUGGCCCGCUCCUGCGUGUGAUGGAGGUGGAGGCCUUGGCCACUUCCAGGUCGCUCUGCACCCGCCUUCGGGUUGUUCCCACCAGCCCCGUCGAGAUCUUCCGCGACCUUUACAUCGACCUGUCAUGGCAUCCGGUUGGACGUUCAGCUGACCGUCGGCUCCGGGCAUGUUCAACAGACCACCACUACAGCUUGAACUACGACUGUGAAAGUCAGAGAGCCUCGCAGAGCCAUGUCGUAGGGCCAUUUACGUGCUCCAACUGCUAUGCGUUGCUAGAUAUCACUCCAGACUUCAAGCUCCAGACCAACAGUCUCGGCCAACCCACGAGGAUCUCCUUGCAGCUGUCCGCGACCUUUGAAGCCAACCUUGAACUGGGCUUGAACGGACCACAGUCCGUCAGCUCAAACUGGACGCAGCUUUUCUCCCAGAGGACAGGAAACCUGCUGAACACCAUAGGCUUCGUGAUGCCCAUGUUCGGUACCCUCGUGAGCGCGAUCAACAGUUGGACAGUGAAUAUGGGCAUCUUUGCCAAUUACGAGCUCAAGGGCCAGGCAGAUGUUCGGAGCAUUCUCCAAGGCGUUUUGCAGACGAAGCGGGUCUAUGAGUGGACUGGCGCGGAGGUCGGUUGGACAAGUUCCGAGGGCUUCUUUUACACCUUAGGCACCGUUUCCAGCUCCGGCAACACGUCCACACCGGACCUGAAAGACUUCUCGGCAGACCUGGCAGUGGACCUGGCUCCCUGCGUCUCCCUGGAUCUGAACUACGAUCAGGAAAUCAUGUCUUCAGCCUCCGCCUGUCUUGAGGGCAACGUGGCUUAUGUGACGCAGAGGGCCACCACUUCAGUUGCAGCAGAUGCAGUUAGUGGCACUUCUCAGGCAAAUGACGAGCAAUUGUGCGUGGACCUGUACACACAGGAUAUGAGCAUAUGA